AAAGUCGAAGUCUGGUUAAGAGCUUAUAUAUACAGAGAGAGGAAGACUUUGUAAAGGCCCAUAUAUUCUCAAGGAAUUACCCGAUGACCCCUAUUUAGCGCCAAGGUCGCGAAAACCCUAGGCGGGAAAAGCAAGCAGUUCCCGCCCUGAACCCUAGCAAAACCCAAACCCUCCGCUUUAUAAAUCCCAUCUUUCUUUGCCGUAGUUCGUCCUACUCCUAGUCGCCAAACUCCCCACCCCUUUCUUCUCUCUCGUUCCCAGAGAUAACGAAGGCCUCUUUCUUUCUCUCGAGAAGAUGUUGGAACUAAGGCUGGUGCAGGGGAGCCUCCUGAAGAAGGUCCUGGAGGCGAUCCGGGAGUUGGUGAACGACGCCAACUUCGACUGCUCGGCGACGGGCUUCUCCCUCCAGGCCAUGGACUCGAGCCACGUGGCGCUGGUUGCUCUCCUCCUCCGAUCCGAGGGCUUCGAGCACUACCGCUGCGACCGCAACCUGUCCAUGGGCAUGAACCUCAACAACAUGGCCAAGAUGCUCCGUUGUGCUGGCAACGACGACAUCAUCACCAUCAAGGCCGACGAUGGCAGUGACACCGUCACCUUCAUGUUUGAAAGCCCCAAUCAAGAUAAGAUUGCGGAUUUUGAGAUGAAGCUUAUGGACAUUGAUAGCGAGCAUCUGGGCAUUCCAGAUGCGGAGUACCAUGCCAUUGUGCGAAUGCCGUCCUCAGAAUUUGCAAGGAUUUGCAAAGAUCUCAGCAGCAUUGGCGAUACUGCCGCGGGAGACAUUGGAACGGCAAAUAUUGUUUGCAGACAGAACAAGACUUUUGACAAGCCAGAGGAAGCAACCAUCAUAGAGAUGCAAGAGCCGGUGUCCUUGACUUUUGCCCUUAGGUAUAUGAACUCCUUCACCAAGGCAACACCGCUAUCUGAAACUGUAACCAUCAGCCUUUCUUCUGAGCUGCCUGUGGUUGUGGAAUACAAGAUUGCUGACAUGGGUUACAUACGAUAUUACUUGGCUCCCAAGAUUGAAGAGGAUGAGGAGGAUAUGAAGCCAUAAUCAGUUCUAUUUUUCUCCUCCUUUCUUUCCUUAAGUUUAUUCUAUACAAGAGGGUUGGUCUGGUUCCACUUGUAUGGGGGUAUUGGAAGAAUUUUAAAUGCUGGGAGCAUCUGGAAGGUUGUGUAGAUUGAUGAUCAUAUUUCCCAAGUUUUUAUGGCAGAUUUUGCAUUUUCCAUCUUGUAACAACCAGGCCAUGGGCCUUGAUGAACAAGAACGAGAGCCUCGUGCUGUUCUGCAAGAAAAUUCAUUAUAGCAUCAUCAAUCGGUGAUCAUUUAGCUC